GAUAGUUUCUCAACAUUUAUAUAGGGCCACUUGUACAAUUCUGAAGUUAACUGCAGUUCAUGUGAACUCCGUUCAUCUUUGAUCCUAGUUCAACUCACCGUUGUGUUGUACCAUUCUUCCGUUUGGUGAUCUACGUUUAGGUACGCAUGACUGCGUGAUGGAAUACGUGACUAGUGUUUCCGUGAGCUAUUUCUGUGGUUUUGAUGAUUGUAUUCGAGUUGCAACUUGAAUUCGUAAAGUAAACAGUCGAUGGUUGCCGGUUGCAGCAUAUUUUAUUAUUUUUAAUUGAAACCUUGGCGUUUUAUUAAUUUUCGUCGUGUUAAAAACUGUGAAUUUUUUUGAAAAAUGGAGAAUAUUAAAGGGAAAAUGAAAAGAGCUACAAAUUUCUCAACUGCAGAGGAGAACACCUUGAUUCGAGUACUGAAAAGGUACAAACCGAUUAUUGAAAAUAAAAGUACCGGAUCAAAUAAUAAUAAUUUAAAAAAAGCAACCUGGAAGAAAAUUGAGGCUGAAUUCAAUCAGCUGGCGUUGGGAGAAUUUCGCGAUGUUUCCACUUUGAAAAACAAGUACGAAAACAUUAAAAAACGAGCAAAACAGAAAUAUGCGGAGGAAAAACGUCACGUAGCUGGAACCGGAGGAGGACCGCCGUUGGCUGUAAAAUUCACAGAAACUGAGCACGACAUAGCCGAAAUGUUAGGUCCCAGAAUGACUGGAGAGGAUUCACAUUUUGAUUGUGAUAAUGAACAAACGUCAGCGUUUCAUCCUGUAAUUUUAGACUCGUAUAUUCAAGAAACGGAAAUUGAUUAUAACAACAAUCAUGCUAACGGAUAUGCUGAGCAAGUAAUUGAUGACGUUGAGGAAGUAGAAGUACAUACUCAGAAUACAGAUAACGUAGGCACAGGAUCCGAUGAUGCCGAAUUCGAAGCUAUUAGGGCUCGGCAAUUACUCUUAAGAAAUGAACAACUGAGGUCCAAAAAUGUAACAGCACCGAAUACAGCAAAUACAUCCGAUGAUCCCGAUUUUGAAGCUAUUAGGGCUCGGAAAUUAAUCAUAAGAAGUGAACCACUGAGGUCCAAAAAUAUAACAGCACCGAAUGCAGCAAAUACAGUACAGAAUUCUCAAAACUCAAGUGCUCUGCCAAAAACAUCGAAUAAGGAUACUGAUAUCUCUCAAUCGGAAUAUGAAGAAUGGAAUAGAAAACGUCAAGCAAACAAAAACAAGCAAAAAGAAUCAAAUGCAGGUACUCAAGAAAACUCAUCAAAACAAUCGGAAUUCACAAAACGCCGCCGUAUAUACGAAGACCAGCUCUCUAAAUGGGCCGGGGAAAAACGGACGUUGAUUGAACUGCAGAAGAAGUCGUUCCAAGAGAAACAUUGUUUAGAAUUACAACAGAAAAAAGAUAAACAUGAACGUAUACUUUCCAAAGAGGAAGAGGAGAUUGAGCUCAGGAUCAGGUUGAUGCUCGAUGAGCAUCACCUGAAAAUGAAAAUACUGCAAAAGCAGCUGGAUAAAGAUGGCAGUUGGCAGCGAAUGUUAAUUAUUCUCAUUAUGAAUGGAUGUGUUUUUACUGUUCUGGCAGCAAGUGUUAAUUAUUUUUAUUUUUAAUCAAUGUAUUUUUACUGCUGUGGCAGGUGGCAGCGAAUGUUAAUUAUUUUCAUCGUGAAUGGAUGUGUUUUUACUGUUCUGGCAGUAAGUGUUAAUUAUUUUUAUUUUUAAUCAAUGUGUUUUUACUGCUGUGGAAGGUGGAAGCAAUUCUUAAUUACUUUUAUUAUGAAUCGAUGUGUUUUUACUGCUGUGGCAGCAAGUGUGUUUUUAUUUUUAAUUGAUGUCUCCUUGCUGUGGCAACAAGAGUGUUAAUUAUUUUUAUUUUCAAUUGAUGUGAUUUCACUGCUGCGGCAGCACGAUUGUGUUCGUUGUUUCAUUUUUAAUUAUUAAUUUGAGUCAUUUGAGAAGUAUUGGUCUCAUUUUUUUUCUAGAAAUAAAUGCGUUUUUUGUUCAUA